CAGCGUGCUCUGGCAGCCCGCACCCUGACCCCCUCCGGGUGGGAGGGCAGAGCGCGCCGGGCUGCGGGCAGUGGGCGGCCGGGCGGGCCUGCCAGCCGCCGCUCCGCCUCCCAGCCUCCGGUCCCCUCGCUGCGUCCGGAGCGCCGCGGCCCACGGCCCGGCCCAGCAGCCAUGGCCCAUUACAAGGCUGAGCAGGACGACUGGCUGAUCGUCUACCUGAAGUAUCUACUCUUUGUCUUUAACUUCUUCUUCUGGGUGGGCGGGGCCGCCGUCAUGGCAGUGGGCGUCUGGACCCUGGUGGAGAAGAGUGGCUACCUCAGCGUCCUGGCCUCCAGCACCUUCGCCACUUCUGCCUACAUCCUCAUCUUCGCGGGCGCUCUCGUCAUGGUGACUGGCUUCCUGGGCUUCGGCGCCAUCGUCCGGGAGGACAGGGGCUGCCUCUCCACGUAUUUCUGCCUGUUGCUGGUGAUCUUCCUUGUUGAGCUGGUGGCGGGGGUCCUGGCCCACAUGUACUACCAGAGGCUGAGCGAUGAACUGAAGCAGCACUUGACCCAGACUUUGUCUGAGAACUACGGGCAACCCGGAGCUGCGGGGAUCACAACUUCGGUGGACCGUCUACAGCAAGAUUUCAAGUGCUGCGGAAGCAACAGCUCGGCCGACUGGCAGCACAGCGCGUACAUCCUGUCGCGGGAGGCCGAGGGCCGCCGCGUGCCCGACAGCUGCUGCAAGACCGUGGUGGAGCGCUGUGGGCAGCGGGCCCACCCCUCCAACAUCUACAAGGUGGAGGGAGGCUGUCUCACCAAGCUGGAGCACUUCCUGGCUGACCACCUGCUGCUCAUGGGGGCGGUGGGCAUCGGGGUGGCCUGCCUGCAGAUCUGCGGGAUGGCUCUCACCUGCUGCUUGCACCGGAGGCUCCAGCUGCAUUUUUAUUAAUGGCCAGCCGUGUUCCCUCUGACUGCCGCCCACAAGGACAGGUGCCCAGAUCCUACCUGCCACGCCUGCGGCGUCAGCAUCAGCUCACGUAGAAACUCCCCCUACUCUGUGCCCAGCCCCUCGGACCCACCAAGUGCCCAAGACCAUGGCCCCUGUGGUUCCCAGCCACGCCAGGGACCCUGGGCCAUCUCCCUCCACCCCUGGGCACUCACUGCCGGAGUCCCAGGGCAGGGGACUGAUCUGCCGGGAGACAUCAGCCAGAGCCCCUUCCCAGGCCUGGGGCACCUGUGGGCUACAGGAGGGUGAGAGCUGGGCUCCCUGCUCCCUCCCAGCUCCUGAGCCUAGAAGGAAGGGCGGUCAACCUUGACCCCCUGGGACUCCUGCAUUCGGCACGUGACCCCCACCGGUGCUGAGCACCCCUCCUCUCAUCUAUGCCACAGUAUCUGGGUGCUCUCUCUCCCCUAGGGGAAGUGCGUCGGGGUGGGGCAGUGAGGGUUAGCUCUGCCCCUGAAAGACCCAGCCCUUUGAUCGGCCUACCCCCACACCUCACCUGGAAGGGGGUGUCCUGGUGGCCUGGGUCCUUCCUGCAGGGCCUGGGAGGGAGAGAGCUGAGGUGAGGCAGCCGGGCACUGGGGUGGGCAGCGGUGGGGGGAGCUGCCAGGGCAGGGAGCAAGGCGGGGUAAAUUGGCUG